AUGCUACCUGCCCUGCAACCAAGAUACUCGUCUCGCUCAGGUGGGCCGCAGCGACCACGUAUCAGCACUAGUGGGUCGGCGCUCCUUUUCGCCCCACCGGGAUCCCGUAACCGCGGCGUCGCGUCGUUCGGACGACGGAUUCCGCACUCUAGGGACGGGACUGACAGUGUUUUCGCCGUAUGCAGGCUCCAUCGUCCACGCGGAUCCGACACACUCGGCUGCCUCGAUGCGCGUCGGCGACGGCCAAGCUCGUGGACCGAGUCCCCAGCCACUCGGGUCCACCGCCACCGCCGGUGCCCCGUUAGCAUCAUCCGCUAAUCGGGAGGUUACGACACAAGUCUUUAUGGCCCAGUCUCUCCAGCCUAACACCAACUCAGGCUUUCCAUUGCGCCCGGCUCUCAUGCCACGCACUCGGUCUUCGCCCGUUCCGGAUCGCAACAGAUCUGCGAGCGAGCACGAAGACCUCCUGCCACCGCCGUGGCGUGUCGACGCUCCAACUACGCGCACUCGACUAUCGCCAUCGCCUCACAGUGCCUCCAGAAGCUUUGUCGAUACGGGCGAAGGGUACGUUGACUUCAGCUCGACAUCGCCGGCCAGAUCAACGUCAUCGGUCGCGACUCGUCGCUUCUCGCCCUCGCUUGAGACUGGCGUCUCCCUCCCGGCCUCCCCGACCUCAGGUCUGAACGCAGGGCAGCGCUCUAGGUUAUCCCAAGCUCUGCUCGAUGUCUCCGCCGAAAUAUCGUCGCUGCUGCCCUCGCGACCCUCGUCACCCUUGUCACAAGGCACCACAGGUCUGGUUCGGGCCAAGGUCGCUUCCAAUAGCCGACGUGCCACCUCAAUGUCGAGUCUCGAUUCAAACACGCUCGAAACGAUUGCUCGCCCCUUAGAGCGUCCCUCGUCCGGUGGCACCUUCGCGAGCACCUCACCUUCGUCCACUGCCGCCGAGGCCCGACAACUCGAACGCACUCCUUCCGUACCUGGGUCUGACCACUCAUUUUGUCAUUCAAUCUCGACGGGAUCCGCUUCGGGGUGGUCGCCCUUCUUCUCCCCUCAUUCCGCUGCUUCCACCGCCGCUCGAACGAGCUUUGCCAGCGAUGUGUCCAAAGAGCCAAGUACGAGUCCGCCCCUCGGAUUGGGCAUCCUUGAGAUCCAGGCUUCGUCGACUGCAACGACGUCUCGGUCUCCGGAGCUCGACUCUAGCGGCCAUCGAGCUCCCCCUCUUCGAUUGGCGCACUCGUCCAGAUCCCCACUCGCCGCCACGCCCAAGUCUGAGCAUGCUUUCGGUGACGGGGACCUCGAUGUAUCCUUGGCCGAGCUCCAACGUUUUGCGCAGUCGCUGCCUUCGCCUGCACUAUCGAUGAAGCCGUCAUACUCGCAGGGUUCCGCAUCCAAUUGGCCGCCCCCGUCGCCGGGGAUCCUGACCAGCUUCCAGGCCGUCAGCCCUGUGCUAGCGCAGACUCUAUCCCCCAUCAAUUCCGUCGCCCCUUUGGGUCCUUCACCACUAGCCGAACCAGAUUCCGAAUGCCGAUCGAGUGUGGCGACCGUCUCCUCGACCAUCGCUAGCGAAUCAGACGGUGGAAGCGGAGGAUGGAACGGGGGCGACAACUCUUCGAGAUCGACGGCAGCGAGCGAACUUGACUGGAAAAUGGGAGCCCAGGAGACGCAUAAUGACCAAGACAACGCCGAAUUACUUGGCCCAAGAAGCACGAUUAUAAAUUGGACUGGAACGGAGAUCGACAUGAUGGCUGUACUUCCUAUGGGUGAGUGGGGCGCCAGGCCCGAUAUGCGACUUUCGUGUCAGGCACUCAUGAGCUAUGCCGGGGCGACGACAGGUACGACCCAUCUCCUGCUCUCACACAUGACGCCGUCGGCCGCCAUCUCGUCACUGCUCCGCAAAGUGCUGCCCUCUCUCAAUCCUGGCCUCACCGUCCUCAAUCUCGCGCACAACAGCUUGCGUGCACUGCCAUCCACCAUCGCUUCGUGUGCGUCCACACUGGAAGAGAUGUCGGUUUCGGGGAACCCGAUUCGCGAUCUUCCCCAGUGGCUGUCCGACUUUACUCGCCUGCGCGUCUUCCUCGCCGAUGAAUGCGGACUGUCGUCAAUCAGCGAGGUCGUCAAUGCUUGGCCCGCGCUGGAGACACUUUCCCUCAAAAGGAAUCGUAUCGAUCGAUUGCCAUCUUGGCUAGCCCGUUCAAGCAACCUCUGCAGGCUCGACAUCGACGGCAAUGACUGGUCCGGAGAGUGGCUGCAAGUCAUCGCACCCCUCUUGACAGACGAGAGAGCGGUCGUAGGCACGAUUUCUUCGGCGACCGAGGGUUCUCGGUCGGGAUCGAGCACCCCGUCCGGAGGCUGGCCGGAUUCGAAUCCGCCUCACGCCUCUGCUCCGGCCUCAAUCUCACUGGACCCUGGUCAAAGCUUGAAGGGUUCGCGGAGCGUGAGUGCGUCCUCUUUGCAAUUUCCCGCGCCUGAAGUGGGAGGUAACCACGCGGGCAGCGUCUUUGGCAAGAUGAUCAAGACCGCGUCCUCCCGUAUUCGAUCACGGUCAAUAUCGGGAAAGAAGCUGUCGCAGCUAGAUCGAGCCCAAUCUGAGCCCACGAUGCCUCUGUCUGUCCUCGACAUCCGACCCCGCCCAGGUGAGAGCCGGAAGCGAGGGAGUUUCCUCCUGACGCCAUGCGACAUCGCAAACAUUUCAGAGCCGGAAAUAACCCCCAUGCCACGACUGGCAUCGCUGCGCGAUCAAAAUAACCCUAGUGGGCAAGACGCUGCGACGUUCGCGACCAAGAUGGUGGAUAGCAAUGUUGACGAAGAAGACCAUCGAGCGGGGCUGCGCAUCGUCAUGGGCUACCUUCGUGAUCUCGACGACUUGACCUUGGGCGUCAAGAGGAACUCGUUUAACACCCUCGCGUCCAGCCAGGGUUCAGUUCGACAUUCACCCUCGCUCGGCUCGAUCGCAUUCGGACAGGCCGACGGAAAUUCUGCCACAGUGGUGCGACGUGCGCAAUCGACUCGCAGAAAUACGUCAGGCCGCGCCUCAACUCUGGACGAAUUUGACGCCCUACGUCAAUCGCUCCCUGGCAGUACCACGUCAGGGCCACUGAAGAUACGAGACGACCCCGCUCGGCGUGAAGCUGUAGUCAAGGAAAUCAUCGAGACGGAAAAGACGUAUCUCAGGGGACUCGAAGAGUUGGUAGCAAUCUAUGUGGGACCAAGCGCAGGUGUGAUUGAUGGCAAGGAGCUAUUACCUGCUGUCGAGAGACGAGCCAUCUUCUCCAACGUGGUCAGCAUUGCCCGGAUGUGACAUUGCCCGCUAAUGCUUGACUGACCUCUCCGGCCUCGUUACUUUCCUUCGGGAGUAGGAGGCAAUCCGCGAUUUCCACGCAAAGAUCUUCUUCCCCGACCUGCUGGAAGUCGUGCAGUCAGCCACCAAAGCCAGCUCUUCGAUCCGGCUUGUCGAUCCUUCACACCGGUGGCUAAUGGCCGCUAUAGGCAUUGGCCGCGUGUUCGCACGUCAUGCUGCUGUGCUCAAAAUCUACUCGGCGUACGUCAACGCGUUCGACGGCGCUCUGACCCGCAUUCAAUCUUGGAUCAUCGACGCUGCCCCUUCCCGGCCGGGCACAAGCUCCGGGAGUCGCGAAGCUUCUACGCCCGGCCUGGCCGCGAACAAGCCAGACGGUUCACACGGCGGUUGCGCCCUGACGAUGAAUCAAAAAAAGAGGAUCAAAGCCUUCCUCAAGCGUUGUAAGUCUCAUCCGGACCAUUCACAGAUCUCACUCGAAUCGUACCUGCUCUUGCCGGUUCAACGAGUCCCGCGGUAUCGCAUGCUCCUAGGUACUUUUCUCUCUUCUUUUUUUCCUUUUCAUCAACGCACCAGGGCCUCACCGGUACAGUUUUGUAUUCUCCGUCAGAAUCCCUCCUUUCGUGCACGCCCUACAUCCUACCGGUUGGCGACUCGUGUGUGUCGCCGCACGACACUGCAUCACCUUCGGUCCCGCACCCGACGCUCUAUGAAGCAUUGACGCUUGUUUCCGAAGUUGCCGUAUCGAUGAACGAGCGCAAGCGAGAAACUGAAGGACGUGCCGAAUUGUUGUACUGGCAAGGAAGAAUUGGCCACCGUUUCCGCUCACCCCUCGUACAACCGCAUCGAAGUUUGAUAAAGAGCGGCGCCGUUGAACUUGUGCGCACAGUCGAGCGGGCGGGCGGGACCGUAGCGCAAAAACGGUCAAGCCAGGAUUCUGGCGAAUCUUUGGUUCAGGAGGUUGGCAAAACAUCCUUGGUGAGUCCUCCCUCGCUAGGCCGCCAGAAUUUGCCUCGUUUUCGAACCGCGUGUUGACAUAUCGCGUGUUCGCUGCCCGCUCUUCCAGAUCGCGCUCCUGGUAACAGAUCUCCUUGUGCUCGUCAAGGCACCUCCACCUAUUGUUAUGGAUCCACAUGCCCAAGUUGACUUGUACACGGUCAUUCGCUUGUCACCCGCGAUCGAGCGUGGCGGUACUUUCGAGGGGCCGGCUAGUGUCUACGGGGCUGAUCACACAAGUAAGCGUCUAUAGGCCACUGCGCUACAGCUACGCCUCACGACUGACACCUCUUCUCCCUCCACUGUACAGCCCUCAGGAUCGUUUGUGACACGCGCGCAGUUCUGUACCUGGACUGCAGCUCAGUCAACGAAGCUUCCACGUGGGCGCGGUUGAUCAACGUGCAGUGGGAAUUGAACACUUGA